AAACUUUUUGUUCACCUCUCUACUAUUUUGAGCUGCCGACUGUAAAGUACAUUUCUUUGUCUGAUCUCCGGCGGUUGAGUCUUGUGGUUUGAUAAUUUUCGCCGAACUGAACGAUUUGUUUUGAUCAAGUGGCGGCUGAACAGAAAAGGAGCCAGCUUAGAUUUCAGGAACCUGAAAUGACCGAAAACUCAAAAAAAUUGAGCGAAAUCUCUUGUUCUUUCUCUGAUUUCCUCUCUAAAGUAAUAAUUCUACUCUCUUUCCCAGCAUUGAAUCGUACUGUGCUCGACUGUUGUUCUGGGUUUCAUCAUUUCAAUGAGCUUUGGCUGAUCUGUAAUCUAGAAUGUUGUUAAAUUGCUUAUUUCUUAAUCUGGGUAUUAGUCAAAACUUGAUCAUAUCUACAAGCUAGUAGGUUGACACAAAAGGCAAGAUUGACUGGUAGACAGAGAAAGAGAGCUUCACUGGAACCUUUUUCUGAAUCUUUAUCCCAAAACUUUCAAGAUAUAUACCCUAGAGUCACUUUUUUCGCCACCCGAAAAAUUACUAGAACAAUUUCACCGAGCAUGCCAGCCGACUUAGAUAACUCAUCCGCCAUGAACGAUUCUACAGCUUCUGGCGAAGCAAGCGUCUCUUCUUCCGGUAAUCAAACCUUGCUCCCCAAAGCCACCACCAAGAAGAAGCGAAACCUCCCCGGAAUGCCAGAUCCAGAUGCGGAGGUGAUUGCUCUGUCUCCGAAGACUCUUAUGGCAACGAAUCGAUUUGUUUGCGAGAUCUGUAAUAAAGGGUUUCAACGAGACCAGAAUUUACAGCUCCAUCGUAGGGGCCACAAUCUUCCAUGGAAGCUUAGGCAGAGGUCAAGUAAAGAGGUAAGGAAGCGAGUCUAUGUGUGUCCCGAGCUGACUUGUGUUCAUCACGAUCCUUCACGAGCAUUGGGCGAUCUCACUGGGAUUAAGAAGCAUUUCUGUAGAAAACAUGGCGAGAAGAAGUGGAAAUGUGACAAGUGUUCGAAGAAGUACGCGGUUCAGUCUGAUUGGAAGGCUCACUCAAAGAUUUGUGGAACCCGAGAGUAUAGAUGUGAUUGUGGGACUUUGUUUUCAAGGAGGGAUAGUUUUGUUACGCACAGGGCGUUUUGUGAUGCAUUAGCAGAGGAGAGUACUAGAGCACAGACAGUAGUUGCACCCCCAAGUGCAGAUGAGGACCCAAAACAACAGACGGUUGCCUCACCGCCACCUCUGCAGCCACCACAACAACCGCCAGCACCACCACAGGCUGUUCCUCAGUCAACUGCUGUGAUAUCUUCAGUUUUGCAAAUUCAAAGCGCAGACAAUCCCAAUCCCAAUCCCAAUCCCAUUCCUGCACCGGUUUUUAAGGAUGCAACGACGGGAAUGGGCUUAGCUGGAAGCAGUAGCUCAAGCAGCAGUGGAAGUAGCAGUAGCAGUGUGUUUGCAAGCUUGUUUGCUUCAUCAACAGCUUCAGGAAGUUUACAGCGUCAAUCAACUGGAUUUACUGACUUAAUUCGAUCCAUGGCUCAUCAUGAACAUACACCGGACCUCGCCCCAUCGUCAUCUAUAGAACCAAUAUCUCUUUGCCUUGCAACAAAUCAUGGGUCAUCAUUUUUUGGAACUGCAGUGCAAGAGCAUCAGCAGUAUGCGCCACCACCCCAGCCAGCCAUGUCUGCAACUGCACUGUUACAGAAGGCUGCUCAGAUGAGUGCAGCAGCAACAAACGCCUCAUUGUUGAGGGGGUUUGGAAUCGUUUCCUCUUCAUCUUCAGCAGGGCAGCGAGAAUGGAAUGGGCGACCAAUUGAGCUGAAUGAUUCCGUGGUGCCCGGGCUUGGACUGGGACUGCCCAUUGAUGGGGAGUCUGGUUUGAAGGAAUUGAUGAUGGGGACUCCAUCAGUGUUUGGUCCCAAGCAUACUACAGUUGACUUUCUUGGUUUGGGGAUGGCUGCUGGUGGUGGCCCAACUAGUGGACUCUCGGCACUAGUGACACCCCUCGGUGCUGGCCUUGAUGUUGCAGCCGCUGCAUCAUUUGGUGGUGGAGAAUUCGCUGGAAAAGACACUAGGAGGAGCUCAUGACAUAAGUUUUCUGAAAAAUUCCGAGGUUGAAUGGGCUUUAGUUACUCAAAUUUACAUGGGUGUACAAUGUACAGGCCAGAGGGUUAUGGUAUGGGGCUUUGAAUAAUUGAUGAUGUUGCAGAAACAUCUGGUAUGAUACAAUAUUGAUGCUCCAACAUGCCCUUACUGAGGUAGGCAUUGAGACCAUGGGCAGUUGAGCCUUUUUAUUAUUCGACUCUGCUGCCAUUUCAUGAAAAAGUGACAUUUUCUUUCCUCUAGAUGUGACGAGGGUGUCACAGAUUGUGAAUGUAUAUACAUUGAAUGUGUGAGAUUAGUAUAUGAUAGAAGAAAACAACAGCAAAACUAAUUUAUGACAAAGUUGAUUUGGAUCUCUGUAAUCUGAAUUGUUUCAUUUUAUCGAACCCAAAGCAUGGGAGGCCCGGGAUUUAUUUAGUGUUGACUGAAUGGG